UCCCAUUUGCUUCCCUUCUCUCUUUCUUUCUGUCUCACUUUCACCUCAUAUUCUGUGUUUCAUUUCCAUCCUUAAAACACACUAACACACACACAUAUAUAUAUAUAUAUAUAUAUUCAUACAAAACACACACACACAAUUUUUUUUUCCUACUAAUAUAUAUACACACACGAAAAUAUGGCGGAAUUGGAGUUUCAAAGUAAACAUGGUGGUAAUAAUCCUACAAGUAACGGACGUUUGAAAUUAUUCGGUUUCAACGUAACGGAGGAUCAAGAACAAGAGAUUGACUCUACAAAAGCAUCGUCAAGAUCGCCGGAAUCCGGUAGUUUUCCGGCUUCCGAUGGCCGGAAAUACGAGUGUCAAUAUUGUUGUAGAGAAUUUGCUAAUUCACAAGCUUUAGGUGGACACCAAAAUGCUCAUAAAAAAGAAAGGCAACAAUUGAAACGUGCCCAAAUGCAAGCUAGUCGAAAUGCAUAUAUGAGGAACCCGAUUAUUACCGCUUUUGCCCCUCCAUCUCACCUCCUCGCUCCCUCGGGAACCGUGGUGGUACCCACGACGUCUCCGUCGUGGGUUUAUGUCCCACGCCCCGCGCCACCCUUUCACGUGUCGCACGGUUGUGUGAUUCCAAAUUCCGGGUCUCGGGGUGUAGGGAACUUAUCAUAUACCGGCAGUGUAGGGGAAUCUAGUGUGGGGCCUCAACAAGUUAAAGCCCAUAGUGCUAGAGUUGAUGGGCCGUCAUUGAGUAGAUUCUCGGGUAUGGAUGAUGGGCCUAAUUUUGAUGAUGCAUUUGGGCUGGAUUUGCAUUUAAGCCUUUGAAUUAAUUUUAGGAAUAUCCAAAAAUAGGAUAAUCUUGUACAUCUCAAAUUAUUUAUUUAUUUUUUUCACUCAA